AUGGUCACAGCCCCGCAGAGAAAGUGUCAGAAACACGCCACAAGAGUACAAGAAAACAAGCUGGACUUCAUCACAGCAAAGGGGAAAGCAAAGGUGACAGCUAACAAAUGGUUAAUUGAAGUUGUCAGCCGUGUAGCCUCUCACCGAAACAACACCCGAGUCUCCGUGGUGACAAUCGACAGCAGCAGCACUUGUCCCGUGAAGUUGCCCACCAGCCCGUGUCACAUGACGUCAGACCAGAAUCCACUGUGUCCAGCUGAUCUACAGGUGCAGUUAACGCUCGGAGCGGUGGUCCCUGGAUACUGCUACUACCAGGAACCUGUUGCUGCCCCUAGCCUUAACCCUGACGCUGAGGUAUGGACCAAUCACAGCUUUAACUUGGAUGUCACUGGCCCCACUUUCCCACAGACUCAGGAGCCAUGGCUGCAGUUCCCCAGCGAUCAGAUAAAUAAUGAAGGAUAUGUGCCAGAGUUUCAGCUGGAGAAUAUGGGCCUGACUGAGGCUGAUCCCAGCACAGCAGAGUACCAGACACUGGCUGAAGCUCCCAUAGUUAAUGGAGAGCCCAGUGACCCACCUGUCACAGAUGAGAUUGCACAACAGCUGAGGACAGUUUUGGAGUCCUGCCUGACCAGAGAGCACCUUGGCAGCGACCUGUACCUCAAAUCUCAGAUGGACAGUGACCAGUACAUUUCAAUCUCAACGCUGGCCAGCCUUGACAAGAUCAAAAAUCUCAGCACAGACCUGGACCUCAUCUCUGAUAUUCUGAAAUCCCUGCCGCUGGUCCAGGUGGCUCCGUGCGGUCAGAAGGUCAGACCCAGACAGAGUCGAUGUGUUGUCAUCUUGCGUGAGAUCCCUAAGACCACACCUCGUGAGGAGGUGGAGGCUCUUUUUCAGGGAGAGAACCUGCCUGAGUUCCUGAGCUGUGAGUUUGUGAGCAACGAUAACUGGUUUGUCACCUUUAAAACGGAAGCUGAUGCACAACAGGCCUACAAGUACCUGCGAGAGGAUGUCCGGGUGUUCAACGGAAAGCCAAUCAUGGCGAGGAUAAAGGCCAAAACCAUGGCAGUCGCUUCUUAUGCUCCAAAAAAUGGCUACAGACCCGCCCAGCUGGACAACAGCAACCAAUAUGGCUCCUACUUUCCUCCUGCCUCCUUUCAGCAGCCCUGCCCCGGCCACAUGCCUGCACAACACCUUUAUGAUUUCACCAAUGAGGUGUGGACUUCAGCUGCGUCAGGAUACUCAGAGUGUGCUGAACAUCCACCAUCGAUGAAUGACUUCGUGAAUGGAUUCCCAGCAGCUUCCAACUUCAAACCUCGCAACCCACAUAGGCCGAGGAGAGGCUCAAGGUGGUCAAACUCUGGAGACCGCUGGCAGGUCCAUCAAAAUGACUCCUCUCACCCUUCAGAGCAAGCACCAGAGGAACGCCCGUCUUCUCCAAAGUCCGGUCGAGGGCGGUCGCGAGGCAACCUGCGCCGUCAGAGCAGAGGUGGAAGGACAGAGCCUAACAAGAGAGGAAACUUCAGCCAGAGGAGGAACAUGAGGUCAUGGGACAAAUCUUCUGGAAACAAUCGAACUGUACCAAGUCAGUCGCCUCAUCGUCAACCUUCUCCUCCUCCCGAGCUUGGACUGUCGAGCUUUCCUCCUCUUCCUCCGGCAAACACUGCCAUAGCAACGACACCUGCAGCGAACGGCAGCAUCAAGAGUCAAGUCAAAAGCAGCAGCCCCUCUGCACCGGUGUCAGUGAUGUCAGAAGAGUCUGAGCCAGUCUCACAGCAGAAUGUGAAGGAGAGCGCAGAGACGACCAGCGAUGCCAAACCAGCUCCGCUCACACAGGAACCAGUUACAGUAAGACUUUAAGCAACACGUUCUGCAACUCUGGAGUCCAAGAAGCUGAGUUAUGCCCAGAUCUGCCAGAGACCGUCGCCCAAUGAGCCUGCGACACCCUCUGACCACGCCUCAUCUGAGACUGAGCAAAUCCCAAACUAUCCGGGCCAUAAAGGACCCCGCUGUGUUGUCACGGUUCAGUUUCCAUGUGCAGAUGUGGAAGACAGUGAGUCAUGGAAACUGGAGGGAAAGUGA